GCCACAGCCACGCCGCCCAGACCCUUCGCUAGCGGGUGAGCCCGGCGGGCGGGAGGGGACCACACUGUCACUGCAACAGGUUGCAGCUCCCAGUGGUGUGAGGCUGGCAGCUCCCAGCUCACCCAGGAGCCCCAGGUUCAGCAACGUCUGUCUCUUCCUGAAGUGCUUACAACGCGGGCCAUGAGGAACACCAGCAAAGAGGUGCAGGGUGCCACGCACCGCUACGCUCCCUGCGAUUGGUAUUACCACCUCCCUGUGAAGCGCUCGGAGAAGGCCGUGGGUGCCCCACCUGCAUCCCAAAUCCCAGGACUCAGUGAUCUGGGCGAAUCACAGAACGGCCACAUGCCUGGGGUCCGGAGGUACUGGAUAAAAGAAACAGACUCAGAGUAUGUGAAGCUUGCGAAGCAAGGUGGCAGACCUGAUUUGCUGAAACACUUUGCCCCUGGGACCAGGACAGGCUCUCCCAUUGCCUACUCCCUACCGGACUGGUACGUCCACCACAGCAAGCCUGUGACAGCCCAGCAGCGUGAAGCCCCUGUGGUCUCCAUGCCAGAUUACAUGGUUUAUGAGGAAUUCAACCCUGCGCAGGCCAAUGGUAGCUACGAAUCCAGAAGAGGCCCCUUUGACUUUGAUAUGAAAACAGUUUGGCAAAGAGAAGCGGAGGAACUUGAGAAAGUGAAAAAAAAGGUGAAGCUGCCAGCCAUUAACUCAAAGUAUUCAAGCAAAGCGGGGACCCCCAUUGGCCCUAAAGACUCUGCAGGAAGUAGACUGUCCUUCCCACCCAUGCCUGGUCAGAAAACAGGUUCACCAACAAACUUUUCCAAACUCAUCAGCAAUGGUUACAAGAAUGAGUGGUUACAGCAGCAGCAAGGCGACUCGGAUAGGAGGACCCCGAAGAUGUCCAAGGCAUCCGUGUCCUCUCAGUCCACCCAAGACCCUGAAGGGCUGGAGGAUCCAGAGGCACCCCAGGACCCCGAGGCUCCUGAGGUCUCUCAGAAAGCUCAAGGCCCAAAAGCAUCUCCAUCUGCAGUGACACAGGAAGAGCUCAAAUGAACCCGGAUGCAAUAUUCAGGAUGAACUUUCUAGUAGCUCAUGAUGAUACUUACAACCACAUUUAUAAGGCUCCUGUUCUAUUUUACUAACGUAGGUUCUUAUGGAAUGGCUUAUCUUGCAGCAUGUUCGACAUCCCCGAGGCAUAGGCAGUAGAAGGCUUGGCUUUGUUCCUUGCCUUUCCCUGGGAUGUGGAGCACAUGGUCAGCAAACCACAACCAUAUCUGCUUUCCUGGCCUGGUGACCUCCCUCCACUUCUGACCUCACCACCUGUACACACCAUGGUGUGGGAGCACUCAUUGCCUGAGGACCCUCAACAGGAAGAAGAAACUCACAGAGCCAGCUUCAGCCUUUUUUAUUGUUUGGUCCCUUCAUCUUUGUAGAAAUAAUUUUCCUGUUACAUAUUCCAGAAUAUGGUGAUAUAGUUUGUAUUAAAAAUAUUUUA